AUGAAGUCCACCGCCCUCGCCAUCCUCCCGCUCCUCGCCUCCGCCGCCCCCAGCCACCCCCCUCAGACCGCACACCUCACCUUCCUCUCCUCCUCCCUCCAGCCUCUCUACAACCUCUCCGUCCUCGCCAACGGCAUCCCCCACCCCUCGCCGGACCUCACCUCCGCCGUCGCCCGCGUCGCCGCGCCCGACUACAACGCCGCCGCGCUGUGCGCGCUCGACUUUGGCGGCCAGGGUCCACCGCCGGAGCACGUGUUUGUCAUCGGCGAGGACGGACACACGGGGCAGGUGCGCAUCGAGCCGCCGACGGCGGUGCGCGCGAUCAGCUGCGAGGGCGUGUGCGUGGACAACUACGCGCGGUGCGAUGGGGGAGGCCGGGGGCCGAGGUUGUGCUGUAACGGGUAUUGCGCGGCGAGCCUGUGCAGGCCGUGGGAUGGCGUCUAG